GGUGUGAGUAGACUCUCCCACCCUCCGACCGUCCGGGUUAAUUUUCAAACCAGAGCCCGUACCUCACAUCCGGCCGACGGGGGCAAUAAUUCUCCCAGCAGCCGCCAUUUCAGCUGUGGAGUUGGGAGCUGCAUGCGGGAAAACAGGGCGAGUUUGGGGCUUUUUUCUCCGCGGUGAGAGCGAGAGGGGAGAGUUAAGGACCGGGCUGAGGAGAGAGAGAGAGGGAGCUGCGCGGCCGGGAGGUUUGGAGCGGGCGGGUCGGUGUUAUCGUAGCCGGGCAGGCGGGCGGAGGCGCUGCGGGGCUCCGGGGCUGGAGCUGGAGCUGGAGCUGAAGUUUGUUGUAUGAGUUGAAGUGGAGCUCAGGGACAGGGAGGCCUGGGAAGCGCCUCUGCGGGGAGAGAGAAACACACACACUGCGGGACAUGGCUGGAAACUUUGACGCCGAGGACCGCGGGAGCUGGUACUGGGGGAAGAUCAACCGGAAGGAGGCCGUGACUCUGCUGCAGGGUCAGCGGCACGGCGUGUUCCUGGUCCGGGACUCGACCACCAUCCGGGGAGACUAUGUGCUGUCCGUGUCCGAAAACUCCAAAGUGUCCCAUUAUAUAAUCAACAGCAUUAGCAACAACCGGCAGUCUGGAUCAGGUUUGAUGUCUUCGCGUUUCCGUAUCGGGGACCAGGAGUUCGACACCCUUCCAGGUCUGCUAGAGUUCUACAAGAUCCACUACCUGGACACCACCACGCUAAUCGAGCCCAUCAACAGAUCCAAGCACGCCAGCUUCAUCAGCACAGCUGCACCAGCUGGAGCUCCCCAGAGGUCCGAGGAUGCGGAGUACGUACGCGCCCUCUUCGACUUCCCCGGAAACGAUGACGAGGACCUGCCGUUCCGUAAGGGCGACGUGCUGCGGGUGCUGGAGAAGCCUGAGGAGCAGUGGUGGAACGCUCAGAACAGCGAGGGACGCUCUGGCAUGAUCCCGGUGCCCUACGUGGAGAAGUACCGGCCGUCUUCACCAACUUCUCAACUAGGCGGGGCUCCUGUGGGUCAGACAGGUCUGGGGACCCCCUCGGUCGGCUCACUGGAUGGUAACGGAGGUCCAGUCCCCACAAAGCUCGACUACGCCCAGCCUGUGGUCAACACUCCUCUUCCUAACCUGCAGAACGGGCCGGUGUACGCCAGGGCUAUCCAGAAGAGGGUGCCCAAUGCCUAUGACAAGACUGCCCUCGCCCUAGAGGUGGGAGACAUGGUGACGGUGACGAAGAUCAACGUGAACGGCCAGUGGGAGGGAGAGUGCAAGGGCAAGAAAGGCCAUUUCCCCUUCACACACGUCCGUCUGCUCGACCCACAACAGCCUGAGGAUGAGAGCUGAGGCACAUGUGCACUCAUGCUCACACACACAUAUAUACACACACACACACACACAUACACGCAUAAACACACUGCAGUUCUCCAUGCUCUGUCAUGAUCAUUUAGAUCAUUUCAUCCAUAGAAAAUGUAGGCCUACUGAUUCACUUACAUGCACGCACACAUACAUACAGGAUUUCAUAGCAAUAGUGUAUAGCGUAAACACACAUCUGCAUUCACAGACAAGCAUAAAACAAAAUACAGCCACUCAGUGUUCCCUUUCUCUAGUAAAGACUCUUAUUGUCUAAAAAACAGUGCAGUGGGAAACUCUCGGACUGAAAGAGUGAACAAUACCCUCUGACUGCUGACAUAAUGGAGAGAAAAAUAGAGAAAGAGAGAGAGAGAGAGAGAGAGAGAGAGAUAAAGGGGAAGCACUGCUCAUCUGUCUCUCGUCUCAAAGACUGUGGCUAGGCUUGCACUGCCCUCCUCUGGAAGUCUACACCAACACUCUUAUAGGGGCAUAGGGGCCAACCAACACUACCAGUCGCCCUCCAGUCUACCUUUUGUACUGAAAAGAAAUGGAAAAUAUUAUUAAGGAAAAAAAAGACAUAUAUAUUAUAUAUAUAAAAAACAUUACAUGCUAAAUAUUCUUAUGCCAUUUUUUUAUUAUUAUUAUUUGUAUUUUACUCUGUUUAUCAUGCCCGAUGAUAAUGAUGAUGACCCUGCUGGUUACUAUGUAUAUGUUUCCAGACAAUGUGUUUUGAGAUCAUUAAGUGUGUUUUACAUGCACGUUCAUAAUCUGAUUACGGUACUGCAGUUAUCUGAUUAUUUAGGUGAUCAUGUUUUAGAAAAACAAAAAAACAAAGCAUACGUUAAAUUCUUAGAGAGUUAGGUCUUAAAAUGUGGAUUUUAGCUCAGUAAACUCUUAACCGGAGUAUUCUGGGAUGUCUCAGUCUGUGUAUGAGUGAACAGACCGUGGUACCAGAAAGAAGCACGAAGUGUUUAACACAGCACCCACAAGAUGGUGUCUAAACUAGGGCUGCACGAUAUUGUAAAAAAAAUGACAUUGCAAAUGUUCUUUUUUCGGCUAUAUGUAUCACGAUAUUAAACAAUGCAGGGCCCAUGAUGUCACCAGCCCCGCCCCCACCCACGUGCUGUCUCACGUCCGGACCAAUCAAGAGUCAGCGCCGAGCUCCACUCAAAACCCCAGGAAAACAGCAAAACAACAGUAAUUGGCUCUUUAAUCAGGCAUUUAAAUGGCUUUUUAAAGGUUUUUUGAAUUAAAAGCAUGAAUUCAGUUGUAACUGGAAAUAUCUGUGCAAAACUGUCCUGGACUGAGGUGCACAGCUUUCAACACGUGCGUUUUCAAGCAUGUGCCCAAGCAUGCUCCCCCCCCCCUCGCGCUUCUCAGGGAGCAGCAGCUUGUCACUCCCACAGACACAGAGACAGCGCUGUGUAUCUACUUCUUGUGUCAAGAAUCUCAACAUUGCAACAUGACAUGUUUGAUCUAAUUGCCUUAAGUGACAUCACACGUCCUGUAAUGUGACUAUUGCGCAUGCGCACAUGAUGAUGAUGCUUAAACAAUAUAUCGUGCAGCCCUAAUCUAAACACUUUAGGAGCCACACUGAAACUACAAGAUUUAAAUGAACCUUCUUUAAGAUAUAAAUUAAUCUUCUAGCUUUUUUUUUUUUUUUUUCCUUCAUUUAGUCGAGUCGACGACUAAUUCUGCCAUUCCAAUGCAGGAUUUACCUCGCCUUCUCAAGUCUGCACAACUGUUGUCCAAAAAAUACACAAUAAAGCUCUAAAAUAAUUUAACUGUAGGCCUAAUAGUUUAAUCAGUAGUGUUUAUUUGUUUGAACUAGGGAUGCAUUAAUACCUUUCACCCCACAAAUACCUUUCCCCCUCUCAGAUCAACAUAUGUGGUGGUGUUUUUUUUUUUUUUCCCUGUUAACACAGCAAUGUUUUGGAUGUUGGUAUCGGAGCCUACCAGUACCAGUAUUGGUAUUCAUGCAUUCCUAGUUUGAACUGUUUGAGUGAGAGGCCUAACUCACAUUUCUAAUCAACAUUAACAAUUAUAUCGACUAAUGUAUGUUGAUAUUGUUUUUCGACGUGUUAAAAAGUUUCAUUAUAUUGCAUUAUAUUAACAUCACAUUAUUCUGUCAGUUUAUUGGCUGAUUGCCAAGCAAAAUCAUCUGAUUUAUUGCCUGACUUUCCCAUUAUCUGAUUACCCAAGCUCCUGCAAAUUCCUCAGUGCUUUAACCAGAUGACUGAUGAUCUGAUCACUGCAGUACAUCAUUUUCGUUUGUGAAGUACAUGUAAACGCACUCACUGAUUUAAAACAAUAGAAAUUACAUUUAAGAAAAAAAAUGCUGACAAUUUAGGGUCCAAGAUCUUAUUAUUUUUCGUUAUGUUCAUUCUCCCAGAGAGGUGAAUGAUGGAGGACCUUCAUCGAAUACUGACUAAAAGACGACAAGAUCUCAUCUUCUCUGUCUCUUUCCCAUUCCCUUCUCCUUCCAAGUCCCUUCCUCCAGCUUCCGGUGCCAAAGACGCGCAGCACGUGUCCGCCCUGCUGCCUUGCUUAUUUUUCCUGCUCCAAACAAACACCAUUGUGCUUUGUGUCCAAACUCUUAAAUCCACAGGCGUGCUCCUCAGUAUUCUGGAACUUUUCCACAGCUGUAUUAUGGACAAUGUAGUUUCACAUCUAGUAGUAGAAAACGUAGGGUUUCCGUAUUGAUUGUGUUUACUUUGGCAGGCGUACAUUAGUUUCCCUGAGGCACAAUAUAAUUUAUUUAUCGCGCUUUCGUGUCUCCAUGUGUUUCUGUGGGACCAGACUGUUGCGCAGGCCGUUGCCUGGGCCUAGAGGGAGACAGGACAGAUGGACGCAGACAGGUGGGAUCCUGCAGGGCGUCUCCAGCGGCUCGUCUCUUGUCGUUCUCGCUCUGCUGACUCCUCUAUUAGGACAGAGGCGGCAGCGACAGCUGUGAUUGACUGACAGAUGAGCUUACGUAAUGCUUGUUGAAGGUGCAGCGGAGCCACGGCGUCUGUAAAAGCAUUCCGAUCACCCAGACUAUCAAUCAUGAGCUUUGUCAGCUGGGCCAGUCAGGAUUCUAGGAAGGCCACAGGCAGUCUGCUGAUUGGUCUUUACGUUUAGUUUAGAAGAAACUGUUGCACCCAAUGCUGAUGAAAGAAACAUCAUUUAUUUCUGUGGGGUCACAAAAGCAGUUGGCUGAGGUUGGGUUAUUACACUAAAGCCCUAUCUGGACGGGAUUAGUUUAUCAGAGUGUCCGGGGGUAAUUUUCUCUUUUAUAGAGGGUGCUCUUUGAUUUUAUUCCUGUCCCAAACGACCAUGUAUGUGUUUCUUAGACAUCCUCUGAGAAAAUUACAGGCUGACUUAUCUACUGUUUUUCUCUGAACUCCGUGGUCCUCCGGUAAUUUUAGUCCCGUCAAGAUUCACGUGUCUGAGUUUCGUCACCUCACGUUUAAUAAAAUAGCUAUUUGUUCACUGCUACGCUCAGUAAUUAAACUUUGGACACGCGUUUCCACAGAGAUCCACGUAAACACAACAGCGAGUGGAAAUGGAGAAGCUACUGAACGCAAUGUCGUGAUCGAGAAAGCCAAAAAAACUCACUGCUCACUGUGUAAAUAUUUUUCACAGACGUCCCCCUGAGAAACUAAUCCCAUCCAGAUAGGGCUUAGAAAUAUCUGAAUUUCAUUCAGUUUUAGCUUACUGCUUUUUGUGACCCAACAGAAAUAAACGCUACGUUUCUCUCGUCCCAAAUAAAUGUCAUGCCAUGUUUAUCCCAACAGACUUAUUAGACUAAUUAUUCAUUAUUGAAGCCAUUUGAAAACUAAGCAGGUUAAAAAAUGUAAUGUUGCCUAGAACAAAAUAAGAAAAUUCUACUGUGUUUACUUAGUUUGUACUAUUAAAACGGACUUUUAUGUAUAAAGUCAUGAUGCGUCAUUCAAGGGAACAAAAAAGGUGCUGACAGUUUAGGGUUCGAGAUUAUUUUUGUUUGUUUUUUGCAUUUUCCCAGAAACUAAGCAGGUUGAACGUUGUUGCCAAACAUUUAAUGUUGCCCAGAUCAAAAUUAGAAAAUUCUGCUGUCCUAAUUGUUUGUAGUAUUAAAUCUGACUUUACAUAUAAAGUCAUGAUGCAUGAUUCUGUAUUAUUUGAUGAGCCACAGGGAUGCUGCAUUAUUCUUGACUGCUGUUAAAGUUCAGAACCCUACCAGCUUAGCAAACACAAGUUCUCAUGUGUAUUGAUGCUUUUUCCCCCCUCUAAUUUAAUUGAAAUGUAACGGUUAAAGGAUAGCUAGGCUAAUGCUGCUAACAUAACAUUGUAUGUCAUUUAUAUUAUGAAUCCCAACUCACUUGACAUUCGGCUAUGACUGAAGUGAAGCAGAUCUUAUAUUUUUUGCCUUAUUUUUGGCUGUAUGGACUUGAAAGUCUAUUACCAUCUUUACCAUUAUUCAGUGUUAGGACUGUCAUGAUAAUUACAUAUUCGAAUUAUUGUAAAAUAAAUGGACAUGAACUUGAUUAUAUUGGAUAAUGGUGAUUAUCUAUUGUCUAUUGUGUUUAUUUGGAUGUUUGUUCACAUUUAUAACAGUGAACAGUAAUUACUCCAGUCAUGACAUACCUGACUAAUGCUUUAAUAGCGGUGACUCCAUACACACAGUGUACACAGACUGCAGUAGGAAAUGAAAAAUGUAUAAUAAAAGGGUAUAAUUGUUUUUGUUAUGCUAUUCUAUUAUCAUUUCAUCAGUGGCAAUUAAAAUGAAUGUUUUGUCACAAUAAAAAAUGAUCGUGACAGGCCUGUUCAGUGAUUACAUGUAUUUAAUGAUCUGAUCGUAAAUUUGUUUUGCAAACAAAGUAAACUUAGAAAAAACAUUUUUUAUAUCGAACUAUGGUCUAGAAGUUUAAUUAGGAAAUCUCAGUAAUCUGAUUUCUCAAUGCAUCUGUGCCCAAUAUCUACAUUUACCAGGUAAAUGUAAGGUAUUCUAUUCUGUCAGGUAUUCUAUUCUCAGUCUGCACAUGCAUUUCAUGUUAACAUCACAUAAUAAACAGAUCCAAAUUCAAUCUGAGCAAUCAAAAGACCACUCUUUGUUAGCCUAGCCUAUCUCUAUCCUGAUUGGCUCAAUCUGGAGUCAUCGAUUUUUCACGAACCAUUCCUGUACGUACUCGUACGCUCACAUUACGUAAGCUUUUCCAUUACGCUGUCCGGGCUGCCUUUUUCUCGUACGCGUCUUGGCCUGAAAAGCGCUGUUUGUAACCCAAGCUGCUGUCGUUCUGUUCUUUCUCUAACCCUUAUCUCACUCCGCUCUGUGUGCAGGGCUGCAGGGGGGAAAGGGCAGAAACUGUACAAAGGAAUGAAUGACUUGAAUUAGAGACAGAGAGAGAGAUGCAUUAUUACUCGGACAGAACGAGUAUUCACUGACUCGACCGCUUCACGCUGUGGAAAAAGAGACUGACUGAGAGGCUGUGGGGAGAGUGUACACAAUGUGUAUUUUUCUUUUAUUGGACCUUCUCUUUUAUUUUAUUUUAUUUUUGUUUUUGCUUGUUUUGUUGAUUUUGUUUAUUAUUGCUUAGUAUUUGUAAGGCAUAGGAACAAGUAUGCCUGUGCUUUAAGCAAUUCUCUGAUGGACAGUCUCUCAACAUGUGCUCAAAAUGCUACACUGAACUGUGUACUGAUCUACCGUGUCUUUAAAUACAUUUUAAACUGGUUUAUGUUCACUCCUUCAUUAUAAACUAUAUGUCUAAACCACUACUUUGCCUUUACAGAAUGGAGAACUGGGUAAAAAUGGGAUUUCCACUUAUUUAGAUUUUCUUAAUUUCUCAUUUUCUUUGUGUUUAUAAUCAUUAAGGUGUAAAGUCAUUCUGAAUGAUUUGGUGUGAAAUUUUCCAUUCUAGAGAGCCGUAACCAAGUCGGAAAGGAACUAGAGCUUCACACGUUGUCAGACUCAAGUGGCUCAAAUCUCAAAUCAGAUUUCUUUUACCAAAUCUGAUAUAACAUUUUAUUUAAAGUUUCAGUUUCAUCAUUGAAUGUAUUGGGUGUCUCAAGUGGCUGAUAGAUGGGCUUAUCGGAGAGGAUACAUGGAUCACUAAAAAAAAGGACAUGUCAAUCGAACACACCCAUUUUAUUGGUGUGUUCUUGGUUUCUUUUAACACUGAUUUUAUUUUUUUUCUGCCUGUGGCCCAAAAAGGAAUUGAAAGUAUUAGAUUUUGAGGUGUGGUGGUUUUUCUGUCUUUUUUUUUCUUUUUUGGCCAUUCACACAGCCACACAAAACACCUGCGGACCAAAUUGGAACAAAAAAUAUUGGAUUCUGCGUUUUUUUUUUUUUUUUUUUUGCCCUUUACUCAGCCACACACAACUCUUUUACGUAUGAUGAAAAGUAUCGAAUUUAGUCCACUUUUGUCUGCUGUUUAAACAUGGCCUAAGAUGCAUCAGAAAUGCAUGACGUAGUAGUUAUAUAGUAAUACGCUUUCUGAUCCCCAAGACUAUGUUCACAUUAUCGGUCGAAAUAUGUGGUCCUUGUACCAUAUCUGACUGAAAUGGCAUGAAUUUGAAACUUUAGAUUUCACAUUUUGAGUGACUUAUUGUCUGUAUGCAGCAUUUACUGCUUAAGUCCUUAGAAGUCUGUUCACAAUUCGCAGGUCAACCCUAAUUGGAGGGGUGGGACUUUUAUGCUUAAACACACGCCAUGUUAAGCGUUACUAGAACUCCCAAUCAUAUUUCAACCAGUGCAGUGCCUGUUCUCUUUAUUUAUAAUGUGGGAAUGUGCGUCAUCAUUUUAUGCUCCAAAAUGAUUUGGAAUAAGAUUUUUUAGCACUGAUUCCAGUGAAAGUUUAGAAGUUUUUGAGAUUUUGAGGGUUUUCUAAAGAUCAAUUCAUACUUCUGCAUACCUACAUCGCCAUAGCCUGACUCGCACCUCCUCAGAAAUGUAACUAGGCAUUGCACAACGUGGACAGCAGCAGCUGUGAUUGAGUUGCCCACACAUUUCUGCUCUCACGGUUCAGUCUGCAGAGAAAUGCAGAUGCGCAGUAUAUACAGCUUGAUUUUACCAAAGCAAAAGGAUAGGAAGAUGGAUGAUCACAAGCCAUCAAACCUCACCAAGCUGAACUGCUUGAAAUUUUGCACCAGUAGUGGCAUUAAGUUAUCCAAAAGCAGUGUGUAAGACUGGUGGAGGAGGACAUGCCAAGAUGCAUGAAAACUGAGGCAAUGUAUAAAAUAUAAACCAGCCUUAAGGCAUCCAGAGAGCUCGGAACCUGGAUGUACUAAUACUUUACAGUCAUUAUCAGCAUUAAUCACUGCUACAGUGCAGCAUUAAAGAUCAAACCAAGUGGAAUGACUGUUUACAUCUGAACUAUCUGAAUAAUUCAGAAUAAACUGGUGGAAGUGCUCUUUAUAUUGAUCAAGAUUAUUCUCAGUCAGGAGGUUUGCUCUUUAAGGAGGAUAACUGUGUGAACCUCCACACUGAAUCAUGAGAUGAUAUGCACCUUACCUCCUGAUGGCCUCCUCCUUUGCAACUUACAUAUGAGUAAGAAUCGUCCCUUGUGUCUUUUAUAUUGAUUUAUAUUGAUUUAUAGCCCUACAGAUCCUUCUCUUCCAUUUUCCUCAUGUUGCAGGAGGACUGGGGGAAGGGGAAGCCAAGAGGGAACCUUUUCUAUUGAUUCUGAAACGUGCCAUUGUGUUAUAGCUAUUAUUUUAAGUUCAGAUUUACGUUUUAUGAGGCAUGUAAUGUGUUAAUACACUUAGUAAAUAAAAGCAUAUUAGUGAAAACUGA